UACACGCGCGCGCAUACACGCACACACACCCUCUCCAUUGAGAAUGGAACAACUGGAUCGCAAUGCGCCCCCGUGCCCGUGACCAAUUAAGAGCGAACAGGCAGUUUUGUCUUUGAGGAUCCCCGGAGUCACACACAGACCUGUUAUCCUCUCACGCUUUCAAGAGACACAUUUAGAUUUUCUAGACAAUUUCUUCACCCGUUUGGUUUGUGUGGAUUUAUACGAAGCUGGGUUGGAUCUUAAAGGACGGAGUGCGUCAAGUAAAGCGCACGUAUCCAACAAGUGGAUGCGUGAAUUUGCUCGCAGAGGAGAGAGAAAAACCCAUGGACUAAAGAGGUAAAAACAACCAGUGGAUUGAUCGUCUGUUCGGUUGACAUCACAAAGACCAAAAAAAAAAAAAAAAACGCUCCUCAGAUGUGGAGCUUGUCUGGGUUGAUGCUGAUGUACAUAUGUGCGUAUUGUCUGGGUCUGAGGGGUCUGAGGUAGUUCUCCAUCUCCAUCUCCAUCCACUGACUUUGCGUGUUGGCCAGGGAAUUGCUUUUCAAAUGAGGUAGGACAUCCCCGGUGUUUUUCUUUUCUUCCGAUCUUCUGCGCUCUGCUCUCCAUUUGACCAUCAGGGAGAUUUCGGGGGUGACACGCUGCGGAACCCAUCGUUUCCCACCUCACCCCUCUACCCCCCCUAUCCAUGGACUGCCUUCUCCGUUUUGUCGGUCACCGUGGGGGGAAGUUGGGAUCCUCUCUGUAGAUAUUUCUGUAUGACGAGGGCGCAGGUGGCAGCCAAAGGUCGCAGCCAUGCCGAUGCAUCCAGUCACCUCAACGUUGAUGUACCGGGGGAUCUGCACCAUCCCUGACAUCCUCUCCUACAGCGCCCCGGUGAACCUGCCCGAAGACGAAGUUGAAGAAAUCCGCGAGGCCUUCAAAGUGUUUGACCGCGAUGGGAAUGGAUUCAUCUCAAAACAGGAGCUGGGAAUGGCCAUGCGUUCCCUGGGCUACAUGCCAAAUGAGGUGGAGCUGGAAGUCAUCAUCCAGAGACUAGACAUGGACGGCGAUGGCCAGGUGGACUUUGAGGAGUUUGUCACCCUUCUGGGUCCGAAACUGACGGCAGCUGGGUUGCCAGAUAAGUUCAACGGCACCGACUUUGACUCUGUUUUUUGGAAGUGUGAUAUGCAGAAGCUGACGGUGGAGGAGCUGAAGAGGCUCCUGUACGACACCUUCUGCGAUCACCUCUCUAUGAAAGACAUCGAGAACAUCAUCAUGACCGAGGAGAACCACAUAGAGAACCCCGAGGACUGCCAGGUGGAUAUAGACAGUUCCAGCCCCACGCAGCAAGUCAAGCAAACCUGCGUUCGCAAGAGCCUGAUAUGCGCCUUUGCGAUCGCUUUCAUCAUCAGCGUCAUGCUCAUAGCAGCGAAUCAGGUGCUGCGAAGCGGCAUGAAAUAGGAGCUCCGGCAUCUUCAGCCUUGACCACCACCUUAAGGCUGCCUUACAGAGAAAUGACUGAAGAUGAAGCUAAAUGAAUAAAAAUAACAGACAAUCACACUGCUAUGGAACCGGCCGACAUCUGACUGCUGAAUAACAGAUCACCAAGGACACAACACGUGCAGGAAAUUAUCUUGGCAAUGUCGCUGCGGAGACAUGCUGACAGGUUUGCAGAGUUUCAAGGAGAACAGGACCUCACAUACGACGAGACAGCUGAGGGUGUAAAGUGGUUAGCUGAUAAUACAUAUCACACUUCGUAAUAGAACAUUUAGUAUCCAUUAGCUAUGUGCGUUUGAGCAGUGUUGCAUUGAGUAUGGUGGCAGCUAUGUGACUGUCCAGUUUUGUAUUUGUCCAGUGUACCAUACGGUUAUUGUAAAAAAAAAAAAAAAAAAAAAAAAAGUAGAAAGAAAUCUGUGAAAUAUUGUUGGAACAUUGAAGAAAAAAAAACAUUCCUGAGGAAGAAAAGUGGAAAUAUAGUAUAUGGUGCAACAUUGUUCAACAACCACCUGGAAAUAACAACAGCUUAGACAGUUAGAUAAUAAAGGGCUUUGGAGGGAGGUACAUGUGAACGCUUUGCCGUGUUUGCAGGCUGUAUUGGGAGCAGGUUCAAGCAGGUUAACAGCUACUGGGGUAAAAGAUGUUGAGGUCUACACGGACAGGUAACAGGCUGGACAGCGGCUCAACACACAGUUAAGCACUCGACUCUGUCUCCACAGCGGGCUUUGCAGGCCUCAGAGGAUGACCAUCAUCUAUGCAUGACGUGCAUGGAUUUAAACAGUCGUCUUGACACAUUUGUAAAAGUUCUUCUUAAUGUAUUUAUCAUCAUGACUGUGUAAUAGAGCUGUUUCAAUUACUUAAUGACAACUGUGAGCAAUUGUGUGUUGUGCGGGGUAUCAGCAAUCACAACAAGAGUAAAGCAUACAACUGCAUGAAAAAGAAGGGCUGCUUCAAAACAUGCUCGUGGGAAUUCUUUUUGGGAUCGCUGAAGCUAUUACGGACCUUACGCCUCGCCGGGCGCCUGAUGAUCAUGUCACACUGCCACCGAAAAAUCAGCCCAACAUACAGUAUGUGUCACUUGACCAUUUAAAGAAUAUGCAUCGAAAACAGAUGUGUUUGGUGGUGUGGAUACAAAUGUGAAGGAAAGUUUUUUUUUUGUUGUUGUUUUUCCUCAGUUUUAUGUCUGGAUGUGCUGCUAUAGAGCAAUAAAUGUAAAGUAAAAUACACACAUUUCACAAUACUUUGAACUGACAUGAAGACCUUCAACAUGUAAGAACCGACGGGACUAGUAACUGUUGGCCUUCAUUAACUGAAGAGUUUCUACAGCACUUUGCAAAAUUAAGUAAAAUUGCAUUGCCGUUUGGCGUUGCUUUGGCAAUAUAGUAUUGUUUAAAUAGGGGUUACCCUCUUUUUUUCCAUAAUCAGACAGAUUGGAGGAGCUGCCCGAUGCAUCGAGGUUUGACUGAGACCAAGUGGUGUAAACUGUCGCAAUAAAACAUGAAUUAUAUGUGAAACGGCAUGACUUAAAUCGGUUAUAGUUUAGAUUGAAUUAGAUGUGUGAGCAUUCGGGUUAGAUCUUUCACCAUAUUCUUUGUGUGUAAAUACCUCCUAUAACCAAAGCUUUGGAGGAAUGUGUGAUAACAGAACUGAGACGUAUAAUAUGAUUAGUUAAUGCAACUGACAUAAAUUCUAUAAAAGAAACUAAAAAAAUCAACCAGGUGUAAAUCAAUCGGUCCGUGUAUCUUUUGGUAAUUGGAUUUUCUUAUCAGAAACAAA